GACCUGCUGGGGCACGGCCGCGGGCUCGGGGAGGGGCGGCCGGCACUGGGUUCCUCCCCCGUUGUGGUGGAAGGCGAACACCUCCUCUCACGAGCUGGCUGAUUUUGUCCGAGGGAGACAGCAUUGUCCCAGGGAGGCCAAGGUGGGUCUGUGGGGCCGGAUACUACCGUGACCAUCCCUCAAGAGGCGAAGGGAGCGCCUCGUGCCCCUGCCCUCAGCGCUGCGGCCCCGCGGCCCGGACGGAGCUCUCAGGCCCCUCCUCAGGGCGCCACGGGCUCCUCGGUUCCUCGGGCGGAUUGUGAGGGCAGGGGCUGAGGGCACAGACCGGUCAGGCCCAGGAACCCUGCCAGCUGCUGAACAAGCUACAGUAAAUCAAACUUAUGUGGGAAAGAAGGACACUGAGACCCCGGAGUUUCUCUAAGGACUAUCGAACUAAUCUGUGUGGAAUUCACACCGAAAACCAAUAACCAAUACUUGCCUGGCAAUACUGCUGUUUCUCCUUUAAAGAAUUUUUGGCUAAACAGCUGUUUGGGGUGGAGUUACUGCAACAGAGCCUUUCAGUUUCGCUUCCUAGAUUCCUCUCUGCUCUUAGAAGAAAGGAUAUCCAGUAAAAUAAAAAGAAAAAUGACAGGAGAGAGCAGGUUCUGCAAAAAUUGUAAACGAGAUGUGUCUGCUGCCAAUUUCUCCCUCCAUGAGGCCCACUGCAUGCGGUUUCUUACCCUCUGUCCAGAAUGUGAUGAACCAGUUGCUCAAAAGGAUAUGGAAGACCAUCAGACAGAAGCACACAAACAGAUCAGAUGCAGACUUUGUCACCAAAGUAUGCAGCAAUACCAGCUGGAGUAUCAUGAGAACAAGGAGUGCCAAAAACGAGCCAUGAAAUGCACCAUCUGUGACCUUGAAAUGCCCUUCAACAAGCUACAGGAACACCUGGAUACCUGUGCCAGCCGAACAGAGAGGUGUCAGGAGUGUAACAAAUACAUCAUGUAUAAGGAUCAGCACAAACACAAGGAGAUCUGUCCAAACAGUGGUCUGUCCUAUCAUAAGGAUGUGGACUUUCAAACUGGUGAAGCAUCCACUAAUGCAACAGUUAUUCGCCCCAUUGGUACUGGUGGCAAUCUUUGUCAGAAGUGCAGUAAGUUGUUCCCAGAUGACCAGUACUCCCAACAUCUGAAUAAAUGCAAUGCAGCCCAUAAGCUGACAAAAGUUCUUGCUGGCCAGUCAGCUUCAAGCCUCAUCAGUGCUCCACCACGGUCUUCUUCCUCCCUGGCUCCCUCUUCCUCCUCUGAAAAUGCAAUGGCAUGGAAAGAUGUCCGUCCCAAAGGGAAAGAAAGGGAGCAGCCACUGACCUCCAAACCUUUAAAGAACAAAAAGGUUGGCUUUCUGUCUCCCACAAGAGGCGGAUGUUCCACAUCACCUCAAGCUCUUAAAGACACUCAGUCUUUUGACAUGCUGGUGACCUGUGACCAUUGCGACAUUCUACUGCCACUUCCAACCCUUCGGAAACAUGAGAUCAAAUGUCUGCAUUGGACAACUUUGCAAAAUGCUAGGAUGAAACAAAAAUCAAGCCAUGGGGAAAAAGGAGACUCUUUCUACAGCAUUCGUGAUUAAAUCUGGAAAACAGAGGCAUGUCUUCAGAUCGAAUCUUCAGCUCAACUUUAGCAAAAGGCCCUGUGGAAGUAUGAUAGCUUUAUCGGCAAAUAAAAGUGCAGACUUGCUACUCUGGAUUAAGAACAAA